UAGCGAUUACAUCUCCCAGCGUGCCUUUGGGCCAAGCACCAGCCUUCGCUUUAACCCUCUGGAGUCUGUACGGAGCACAGCUGAGAGCAGGAUGCCCGAGGGCCCAGAGCUCCACUUGGCCAGCUGCUAUGUGAACACCAUGUGUAAGGAUCUGGUGUUUGCUGGGCGAGUAGAGAAGUCUGAGGUGAGCAAAAACCCCGAGGUACCCUUUGAGAGCAGCGCCUACCGUAUCACGGCCACCUCUCGGGGCAAGGAGGUCCGGUUGACGCUGAGCCCACUGCCAGAGGCCCAGCCCCCGCAGGCGCCCAUGGACCUCGUGUUCCGCUUUGGCAUGUCUGGCUCCUUUCAGCUGGUCCCAGCGGACGCCCUGCCCAAGCAUGCCCAUCUGCGCUUCUACACGAUCUCUCCUCUGCCCAACCGGGCCCUCUGUUUUGUGGACAUCCGGCGCUUUGGCAACUGGGAGGUUGACGGCACAUGGCAGCCUGGGCGAGGCCCCUGCGUUCUGAUGGAGUCUGAGAAGUUCAGGGAGAAUGUGCUCCAGAACUUGACUGACAAGACCUUUGACAAGCCCAUUUGUGAAGCUCUCCUGGACCAGAAAUUCUUCAACGGCAUUGGCAACUACCUUCGGGCCGAGAUUCUUUACCGGCUGAAGAUCCCUCCCUUUGAGAAGGCCCGAACUGUCCUGGAGGCACUGAAGCAUCGGAAGCCGAACCCAGAACUGACUUUGAGCAAGAAGGUCAAAGCAAAACUAGAGAACCCAGACUUGCUGGAACUGUGCCACUUGGUACCCAUGGAGGUGGUCCAACUAGGGGGUAAGGGUUAUGGGCCCGACAGGGAGGAUGAAUUUUCAGCUUUCCGGGGAUGGCUGCGCUGCUACUCUGUAUCCGGUAUGAGCUGCCUCCAGGACAGGCAUGGAAGGACCAUUUGGUUCCAGGGAGAUCCUGGCCCUCUGGCCCCCAAAGGAGGGAAAUCCUAUAAGAAGCAUGUGAAGAAAAAAUCCAUCCCUGAUAUCACAGAUUUAGAGGACCCUAUGUCUAUGCCAAAGAAGAAUGGCCCCAUGAGAGCAAGGAAACCAGGCAAGAAGUCACAGAAGGGGUCUCCUGACCCAGAAGCCAAGGGAAAUGUGAAAUCAACCAGAGGCCCCAAAACCCAGCGCCGAUUGAAGAGUUCUGCUCCAACAUCCCCACAGAACGAUCUGGGAGUUCCGGAUGGAAAACAGCAGCUGGUGACCCAAGUACAAACAGCAGGCAGAGCCAGGAAAAGGAAAGUGAAUUCCAAGGCCAGGCUCCCUCCACCUUCCUGAGGUCUUCUUUCCCCACCAAGGUGGGAAAGGCCCCCCAAGUUCUCCUGUUCUUAGUCCCACCCAAUGCUAGGGAUGGGAAUGUGGCCACAGCAGGAUCAGGGCAGCCAGGAGACCCUGGCACAAGCUGUAUGCUUCAAAUUUUAGAGGAUCCAAUGCUUUUCAUGUGAUGCACAGUCCUGCCCAAAAGGCUCAAUUAUUGAUCUCUGAAAACGAUUUCCAUAGCUGAGAGCAGUGGGUUGGUGUCAGGUGAGAGAGGGAAAGCUCAGCACCUAGAGCCCUGGAGCCCCAAAUCCCCUCCUUCAUAACAGUCCCUCUGCCCCACCCCAUCCUGAGGUGGGAAGGAAGUCCAGAUGCCUUUCACUCCUCUCCUGUUUCUCCCACCCCAAUCACGUAUUCCAGGCCCUUGUCCUCUGCCCCUCACACCUCUGCUCCUUCCCCAGCAGAGCUGGGAAUCCAGAAUCGUUUUGAUGCUGUAUUUUUUAUACCGACAAUAAAAUCUGACUAGAAACCCUAA